AUGUGCCAUCAGAAGUUGACAACAAAUCUAUCAUUACUGACAUAUGGUCUGCAAAUCGGUUGGGUAUCUCCUAUGGCUGUCAUACUACAAUCAACAUCAUCUCCUACCGGAUAUGCUUUAUCUAGCACCGCAAUUUCUUGGAUUGGUAGUACUAUGGCACUCGCUGCAGUAUUUGGAGUACCUUUAUUUAGUUAUUUAGCUGAUGUUUAUGGAAGAAAAAUAGCUAUGUUAGCAUUGUCCUUACCUCAAGCUCUAAGCUGGUUAUUAAAAUUGUCAUCUGCAAAUAUGACAACCAUCAUCAUAGCAAGAAUAUUCUGCGGCCUAUCUGCUGGUGGAUGUUUUGCAGUGGUACCUAUGUAUGUCAAAGAAAUAAGUCAAGACAACAUAAGAGGUCAAUUAGGAUCUUUACUCAUCAUGUUCCAGAAUAUAGGACUAUUAAUAAUGUUUAUCCUGGGCGCAUACCUUGGGUAUUUUACUACUUUGUAUAGUGUUAUUUGGCUUCCAUUUCUUACAUUCCUAAUGUUGUUAAAAGCACCCGAAUCGCCUGCGUAUCUUUUUAAGAUUGGCAAAGUAAACUUCGCGGAAGAACUUGAAAAAGAUACCAAUGAAAUUGACGGGGUAAGUUACUGA